UGUGUCCUCUACUUCACCGUCCGCUUGCCAAACCUCGCCGGUCGUUUGGAUGCCCUGUCGGACGUACUGCUGGAGAAGUUUACCGGCGACGACAAGCUGGACCUGGACCCUGUCUUCAGCAGGACCUUUGACGAGGACUACGAUGAACAUGUGGCUGGUGUCACAAGAGUCCAGUUUGUGCGAGUUUACGGCGACUGGAUACGCUACUGCCUUCAGAGGAGCCUUCGGAACUCCGUAAAUUUCCGUUAUUACCACCGCACAGUUUUUUCUUGCUUGCUCCUCCAUUCUCUCCACUCCAUUCUGGAAACCUUCCUGCACUAUCUUCACGAUGUUUUCAAGGGUGACGUGCAGGUCGCCUCAAAAGAUGACUGGGUGUUCAGAGACGUGGAUAUUCUCAAGUUGGUUGUUACUCCUGCAAUGCGAGUGGCCCUUAAGCUAUAUCAGGACCAUUUCACCUGGAAUCCGCUAUCAACUAACGGGGAACUCUAUUCGGCCAUCCAAACCACCACUCAAACCGUCGUCAUCUGCCACGAAACCGACCCUCAGUGGCGCUCCGCCGUUUUGAACGAUGCGGACAAGUUGUUUUCUUUUCGACGCAUUGAUAGUGGAACAACUCAACAAUGCUACCGUUUUAUUAUGAUGACCAAGCAAAUGCUCAACUUUCAGGUUAUUAAGCUGAAUACCGAGUGUGUCCGAGGUUUCUGGGCCGGUCAACAAAGAGAACAAAUAUUUCUGCGCAACAACAAUCCCGAACGUGGCAGUAUUCAGCACGCGAAGCACGUUCUGCGUAAUCUAAUCAACUCGAGUUGUGACCAGCCCAUCGGCUAUCCCAUCUACGUCAGCCCCUUAAUUACGAGUUUUGUUGAAACUCAUCCUCAGUGUCGGCGUAUCGCCUGUCCCAGUGUUUCCAUCCCCGGCGCCGUGAGGAGCCUGUAUAAGGUGCGCGAUCGCGUGAAGAUCUACUGCAACAGGAGUUGCAGCGGACAGACAGAACGUAAGUUGCACGUCAUAAAUCAUUUGAAACGUCGAAGAUGGCGUCAGCUCAAAACCUGGCUCAACUCAGUCCUCCGUCAGGACAUGGAAGUGUUAAUUGAACCUUCGGUAUUCAGUCUUCGGGGCGGGCGAUGGCGAAGAGAAUGGCCCAAACUGUCCAGGUCUGCGGCCACGGAUCGUCGCGCGUGGAGAAGCACCGUACGGGACAUGAUUGAGGCCGGCUAG